AAGACAACAACAACGAAAAAAAAGAAAACGGAGACUAACGCAGCUUUCUGCAUUGCUUAUGCAUUUAAAACGAAGCUUCGUUGAAUGUAUAUUUCAACGAGGUGCGUUGCAUCAGCCGCAGUUUUUUUUUUGUCAUUUCAUAUCAGUGCUGAUGUUGAUCGACAAGCUGAAAGAUGUGCCGAGCAACGGGGCGAUUACGACCGUUGGCGAAUUCGGCACGUUGACUGGAGGCGUCGUUUCCAAGGACGAGUGGCGGAGACUCAUAGCGAAGUACACGGGCGGCGCGUACGAGGAAUCCGACACUCUACUGGUGCUGGGAAACUCGACGGAGGUGGCCAAGCUGCUCGUGGCUAACGGGGACAUCCGCCGCGACGAUGCGCGGCUAGUGCUGUCCUGGAGACUAGUUCGACAGCUUCUGCCACUUUCCAGCGGUGCCGUCAUGGCGACCGUGCAAGGCCGGAAAUUCGAGCAGGCCUGCCUCGUGACCGUGAGCGGCAUCAUGGAAGCGGCCGUCAUGAGCAGCUACCUCCGCCGUUUGGUCCCAUCAUCUGCACUCAAGGCGGCAACUGUGCUUGCUCUGAACAUAAUGCAAGUCCUGCUCGAUAAGGUCCAACAUGUGCCUUGGAUGGAGGGCUGGAUGCGGAGCUUGAGCAUAAAAAAGGCCUCCAAAAUGGGGCUCCUCAUUGGCUACCCCAAGGAUAUCGACACCGUCCGUCAUAUGGAAGCAUUUUUCGGUUCAUUGUUCGUGGAAACAGAAAUCAAGAACUCACACAGAUCGCUAAUGCCGUCAAACUCCAACCAUAGUCGAGGCCGCUUUUCUUUCUGCGCCGCCGCAGCUGAUUUUCCGGACGCCGGCGCGAAUUUCUUCACCCCGUGGUUAGAGGCGCACCGACUGAUGACGCAGCGCCUCUUCCGAAACGACACGGUGAACUUUACGUCGGGUGUAGUCAACGCCUUCUACAACAAGAUCCUGAACACGAUGACUAUCCAGGCCGGCCUCGUGCAGCCGCCGUUUUUCUUCGCCCUUGGGACGGCCGCCCUCAACUAUGGAGGCCUCGGUCAAGUACGCAGUUGCACGGAUGAAAGCGACCGAAACACUGAAAUCGGGAUACGCAGAGUCGGUGCUCAUGGAUACUUACACAGACAACGUCAUUACACGUCUAUCGCUAUAACACUGAUGCGGUUCGCUAGACAGCCCGGACGUUUGUACGCACAGCGCGACGAUUUCCGCGGCUUCGUCGCUGAAAUUCUUGAGACCGGUCAGAUUAAGAUCGUUGGUCACGAGCUCAUGCACGGCUACGACGUGAAUGGCAUACGCCUGGACCCCAUUAGCGGAACUGUUCACAACACCGACUCCUCGUCGAUGUUUCAGUACGCAAAGCGAGUGUACUGCCUGCGUCAGUCUUACCUAAAGGCGGAGCAAGAGCGGGCCGGGAUCACUAUCGACGACGACGUUGACUCGGAGGGCUUCGCGGACUUCAAUGGCCUCCAACUGGCGUACGCGGCGUACAAUCGCCUUACUCCUCAAGAGCGCCUGGCCGUGGUCCCCGACGUCGGGCUCAGCGCCGAGCAGACGUUUUUCGUUGCGCACUGCCUCAAGUGGUGCGACCUGGUCUCCAAGAGGAUGCACAACAGUCGAUACUGGGCCGGCCGCUCGCGCUGCAUUGUGCCGUUGCGAAACACGCCCGAGUUUGCGACCGCAUUCUCCUGCUCCCCAGGGGCGCCCAUGAACCCGCCAUCGAAAUGCUUCUUCUGGGAGUAGCCACGCGUGCGCACGCUGCAAGCACUGCGGCGCACAUAGAUUUGUUUAAACUGAAACCUCAGCGUGGGUAGAGUGUAGCGUGUACGACGAAACGUUGAAGGUGCAUAGAAAUUUCGUGUAACGCUUUUGUAUGUAAUAAGACAUGAAACUAUAGUACAGAGCUAACGGAAUGGCUUUUUGCGCACAGAAUAAUAGAUGAAUACAUGGCACACCUUGUGGUCUUCCUAAGUUGACUGCGUUAGCUUUGGUCGCAAAGAAAAGAGCAUUACUCUUCGUUACGUUUGUGGAGGACGAAGAUCGAAGAUCUCUCGAUCGCCUCAUUACGGGUUUCCUUCGGCCAAUCAUAUUAAAUAAGUUAGCUUGCUCUGAAACUCAAAUGGAUUUUUUUUCGACUGGGUUGUAUUUUCUGUUCCUUAGUUCUUUAGGAGGAUACAUGGGAACGCAAAUGAAGUGAGAUAUUUCCUGUGUCUGUCUUACUACAGUGCUGGCCCCGUCAGCGAAUAUAUUAAGCAGCAGUAUCGCUCUCAAGCUCUAAAUCCAUCUGAUGGGCACGUAUUUGCACAGAUUAACAUGACAAUAAUAAAGGCGAACUCAUGCUGGUGUUUCAUGAAGCGCUGCUCGCAAACAGACUCGAUGAAGAAAUUCUGUUGUGUUAUCAUCGCCGCUAGAGCGAUAGCGGCGGCGCGAUUAUCGCGACAGCUUGUUAUUUAACCCAGUCGUGAGGCCACCGAACUGCAUUCCACUACGAGCCGUCACGGAAUAAACCACGUUUGGUUUUGCUUACGCCUUCCUUCGUCUGCUGUUUCCCUUCCGCGAAAACACUAUAUUGGCGACGAGGGUUGGAUUCUGACCAAUUCUGCGGCAAGCUGACAUGGCUACGGAAGGUCCAGCAGCGGCGUGCGCAGUGGCGCAAAUCGUUGGUCGACUGGGACAUAUCGAGCUCUGGGACGAGUCCGCAAGCGACUGGCCGUCGUACGAGGAACACUUGUCGUCUUUUCUUCAGAUCAACCGUAUCCCCGAGGAC